UGUUGUUACGGACUUUUCUUAAAAAAAUAAACCGUACCAUUUUGUUGUAAUUUACAUUUUAUAAGAAAAUUUGAAAAUAUGCCUAAUAUCAAGAUUUUCAGCGAUAGCUCUCAUCAGGAUUUAUCACAGAAGAUCGCCGAUCGCCUGAGGCUCGAGCUCGGUAAAGUGGUCACCAAAAAAUUCAGUAAUCAGGAGACUUGCGUGGAGAUUGGCGAGAGUGUGUGGGGUGAAGAUGUUUACAUUGUACAGAGUGGUUGUGGAGAAAUCAAUGACAAUUUAAUGGAGUUACUCAUCAUGAUUAAUGCCUGCAAGAUUGCCUCAGCCUGCCGUGUCACUGCAGUCAUACCCUGCUUCCCAUACGCCAGACAAAAUAAGAAGGACAAGAGUCGAGCUCCUAUUUCAGCAAAAUUAGUUGCUAACAUGCUGUCUGUGGCUGGGGCAGAUCACAUCAUCACCAUGGAUCUGCAUGCUUCACAAAUACAGGGUUUCUUUGAUAUUCCAGUAGAUAACCUGUAUGCUGAACCAGCAGUCCUAAAGUGGAUUAAGGAGAAUAUCCCAGAAUGGAAAAACGGCAUCAUAGUGUCUCCAGAUGCUGGUGGAGCCAAAAGAGUUACAUCUAUUGCUGAUCAGCUGAAUGUAGAUUUUGCACUGAUUCAUAAGGAGCGUAAAAAAGCCAAUGAAGUUGACCGAAUGGUUCUGGUUGGUGACGUGAAGGAUCGAGUAGCAAUCCUUGUUGAUGAUUUGGCCGAUACUUGUGGUACAAUUUGCCAUGCUGCAGACAAGCUACUUUCUGCUGGAGCGACCAAAGUCUAUGCUAUCCUCACACACGGAAUCUUCUCCGGUCCUGCUAUCUCGCGUAUCAACAAUGCCUGUUUUGAAGCAGUCGUGGUCACCAACACAAUACCUCAGGAGGAUAAGAUGAAGCACUGUCCCAAAAUACAGGUUAUUGAUAUCUCCAUGAUCCUUGCUGAAGCAAUUCGAAGAACUCACAAUGGAGAAUCUGUCUCUUAUCUGUUCAGCCAUGUUCCAUUGUAGUGUCUAUGCACUGCUGUUGCAGUACAUGCUAUUUUACCAAAUUGUUUCUUUUCCAUGAGUCCUUCUGUUGCACCUGCCAUACCAAAAGGUUAAAAAGUAUUCUUUGCUUCUGCUUCACAUUGUGGUACACUUCUACCUGAACUGAAAUUGAUUAGACAUUUCAGUGUGUUAGAUGUUUCCAAUUAAGAGCAGCAGC